GGAGGAGCAGGGCUGGGCAGCGGGUAUGCAGGAGCAGCAGCAGGACCACCGCUUCUCCCAAACCCUCCACAUAUCGGAUGCUGAUUGUUUGCACACGGAUCAGCUGUGACAUGGAUCUGGAUUUUUAUGGGUGAUUCUGCUGAGUAAUUCAAUUUGGGAGUUUUGCAAGAUGCCUGCACCUCUCAGGAUGCUUUAAGGGUGAAAGGUGAACCAAGGCAGAGAUGAGUCUGACUUCCUGGUUCCUGGUGAGUGGCGGCGGGACACGUCACCGUCUCCCCAGAGAGAUGAUCUUCGUGGGGAGGGACGACUGUGAGCUCAUGCUGCAGUCCCGCAGUGUGGACAAACAGCACGCCGUCAUCAACUACGAGCCAAAUACAGAUGAACAUAAAGUUAAAGACUUGGGCAGCUUAAAUGGGACAUUCGUCAAUGACGUCAGAAUACAGGAGCAGAUCUAUGUCACGCUGAAAAUUGAUGACAAAUUGAGGUUUGGAUAUGAUACCAACCUGUUCACUGUGGUUCGAGGAGAGCUACAUAUUCCCGAGGAGGCCCUGAAGCAUGAGAAGCUCAGCAGCCAGCUGCAACUCAAUCAGAAAAAGCCUAUGGAGGCGGAGACUGCAAAGUCAGAGGUGAAACCAUCAGAGGCAGCAGCAGCUCCAGUGUGUGAGGGGGCUGCCGCUAAGCCCCCCGAGGCCAGCAGAGUGGAGGACAAGACAACAGUGGAUGUAGCAGUGUUGCACAGGGGCACACCGCUCUAUGGUCAGCCUGCCUGGUGGGGAGACGGAGACACUGAUGAGCAACAGUCAGGGAGGCCAGAGGAAAAGAGUUCAGAUAGGAAGCGAGAAAAAGCUGAAACAGACACCAGGAAAAAUGAGACCCCAAAAUCUGCCCUGCAAACAAUGUCCAAUCAGGAGCCGAGCUACUUUGAGAUUCCGACCAAGGACACGCCUUCGGGAGGUAAAGCGGAUAGCGAGGCCCCCUCUCGAGAGCCAGAUGCUUCCUCUGCUGCGGAGCCUGUUCAUGGCCACGCUUCCUUCACCAUUGAGUUUGACCCCGGGGCAUCAGGUAAAGUAACUGUAAAGGAUCGAGUGGCCAAGGUGGGACCAGAGACCAGGCCCCGUCCUAAAAGAGCCGUGGGGGAGGAACUUAGCCCACUUCAGACGGCAAUGGUGGCAGCAGAGGUUAAAGUUGCAGACUGGCUGGCCCAGAAUGAGCUGCCAUUGGCUCUCAAAGAGACGGCUGCAGAGGAGGAUGGGGAAAGCGUGAAGAGUGAUGUCCCAGUGCACCUGAGGAGUCUUAAAGGAAGUAAACACGAGGAUGGCACUCAGAGUGACUCGGAGAACGCACUCGGAGACCAGCGUAGGGCUGCGGUUCUGGAGGAGCGUUCAUGGGGGCUAUGGGGCGGACCAGGGAUGAAGAUCCGAGAGGGCCGUGCUAAUGUACCAGAGGGUCUCUUUGCAGAGGAGGACAGUCCUGCACGACGUCGCAAGACUUCAAAUUCUAAAGCUGCAAGUGGGUUAGUGGAGAGGCGGCGGGGUUCGGCACCUCAUCAGCAAAGUGGACGUGACGAGUGCUGUCAUCACGGGGAUGACUUUAGUGACAGAGGGACCUAUACCAUUGAGCUGGAGAAUGGAGACCAUGAAGAGGAAGAGGCGAGAAAAAUGAUUGAUAAAGUGUUUGGUGUGGAUGAGCAGGAGCCAGUCUGUGUGUCCAGGUUGGGUGUUGGUGAACAAAGAGAGAGGAUCACAUCCCAGAGGUCUGGAGCAGGAGAAAGAGGAAAGCCCGGGCGCAUGGAGACAGAGGUCCUGCCUGAGGAACUAAUGGUUGGCGGUCCUCGCUGGGUCUCACAGUGGGCAACACUAGCUGCCAGUCACAUUCGGACGGACCCAGAGGGAUCAGGAGGCGAGACUCACAUCAUGGUCACAGAGGACAGAGCUGAAAUUAGUGAGUCCAGAGAUUCAACCUCUUUUGCAUCAUCUGGAUACACAGAGCGUAAGAGGAGAACUCUACCACAGCUGCCUGGUGAGGAGGUUGGUCUGGGAAGGAGGACGCCAGGGUCUGGCCUGCGCAUGGAUAUGGGUGAAAAACAGGACACAGAGCUGCAGGAAAAAGAGAGCCAAGAGGAGAAAUUGACCAGGGGUAAGAAUCGACCUGGUUACAGCAGUGGAGGUGUAGGCAGUCACAGCGGCAGCCCCAGUCGAUCCUCACCAGCAAAGUCACAGGACAGCGGUGGUGGCAGAUCGAGUCAGUCAGGUGUUCUGGCCAAGCUGCCCCCUCGUCCGCUGACUAGUGGGGAGAAGAGAAUGGAAGAAGCACGCAGGAGGAAAAAAGAAGAUGAGAAGGCAAAGGAGAGUGGUGGGAAACCAUUGCUGAGGCAGGAGAGUUUUACUGUGGAGAAACCCAGCGCAAAUGUGCCCAUUGAGCUCAUCCCACGCAUAGAUGGGUACACAGGUAGCAGAACUCAGAGUAAGGAGACUGGUAUUGACAGCUCUACACUGCAGAAAGACUCUGAAGCUGUGGCAGCCUUUUUAGAGACCACUGUAUCAGACCAAGGAGACCCACCAAGUCAGUCCAUCGAAGGCUCCAUGUCUCCAGAGUCAGACGUGGACACAACCAGCACAGUAAGUCAAGCUGAUGGAGCGAGGAGAGUUGUCCAGAAGCGGCGUACACUUACAGGACAACAGAAGGAGAAAACAAUUGUGUGUUCUUCCAGCAAAGGCCCUGCAGGCAGCCAAGAGUCCCAGGAGAGGAGGGUCAAGACCAGAGCAGCUGGUCCUCAACAACCCAACCGCCCCUGGACUUCCUUAGACCUCACAGACGAUGAUGUCAAUUCCAACUCCCUUCUGUCCGACUCCCAGCCCGCCUCCACACAGGGGUCCAGAGGUUCACAUGCCAGAGCUCAGACAGGAAGCACCACAGUAGGAGCCAGCACCAGGUCCAGUCGAGCAAAGAGCGUCCAGGCCCCCACCUCUGCUGCCACAAAAAGCAGCAGUGUCCCCAAGCCCAGGCCCACCAGAGCAUCUCUGCUGAGACGAGCCAGACUAGGGGACUCAUCUGACACUGAAGCAGCUGAUAUGGACCGGAUGUCCGUUGCCUCUGAGGCAUCCACCGCCAGUUCCACAUCUCGAACAGGGAUGGCCAGAAGGGGAAUGUCGAGAAUAGAAGCUUUGGCUCAACCCAGGAGGCCACGGGUGGGAUCACCAUCUGCUCAGAGUGACUCAGAGGCUACUGUAACCAGGAGUCGGGGUGUUGGGGCCCGCAGUGCAGCAGGUGAUUAUGCUCUCAGACAAGGACUAAGGGCAUCCAAUGUGACACAAGUGUCUGGACCCAGAGCAAGGGCUAACAGCGCCUCCAAGCUUCCUGACAAGAGUAAAGGCAGUUCUUCAUACGGACAUGCCACACCUGCAUCUGGGACAAGAUGGCGCCGCAUACCUGUGGAGUACGCCUCGACCUCAGAGGAUGAGUACGGCUCAAAUCGCCACAUAUCCAAACAGAGCCAUACUCAGCCGUUUGCCUCCACACGGGUAGCCCAGCUGGGAGGUUCAGCACCACCCACUCCGAAUCCUACCGGCCUGUCUGCCCUGAAGCAGCACUCCAGGGAACAGGAUGAGUACAUGAGAGACUGGACGGCCCACAGUGAGGAGAUAGCCAGGAUUAGCCAAGACCUAGCCAAAGAUCUAGCCAUGCUUGCCAGAGAGAUCCAUGAUGUGGCAGGAGAGAUUGACUCAGUCAGUCCUGCAGCCAAUGACCCUGGAGCUCUGUUGGAGGAGCGUGUAUUUGAUGACAGCUUGGAGCUGGGUGGUCCCUCUGCAGAGCACAGUGGCACUGGGGGAACCAACGGUCGUUCUGUAGAGCUCCGCCCCAGAGGCACUAGUGGGUCCCGUUCUAUCCGUCGUCAGACAUGGAACAGAGAUGAUGCUGCGCUGGACAGUUUACUACUCGCAUCUGUGACUCAACUCUCGACUAGAAUACGUCAGUCUGUGGAUAAGACAACCUGCAAAAUCAGGAUCCUCUUCAAAGAUAAAGAGCUAAAAUGGGAAGAGAUCGAGAGCAAACUGCAAGCGGAGCAUGACUCCUUACUCCUCAAGAGCUCCAACAAGGAAAUUUCAACCAUCAUUCAAGACCUAAGGAGAGUAGAGAGACAGCUGCUUGUCAUCGACAUGAUGGUGGACCCAGAUGGUACCCUGGAUGCCCUGACCACCCUGGGCUUGACCAGCCCUCUGUCUGACCAGAAGAUCAGCCCCAGAGCUCAGCUAGGGGCAUCAGGGCUGCUGCAACCUGGACCAGAAACUUCCAGUGUAGUUACUACAGCCUCAAGACCUGAAGGACCUGAACCUUGUGGACCCUCAGAGCAGGCAGAGGUUUGAGAGCAAGAACAAGGGCGCUACAGAGCUCUAGAUCCUACAACUGAGGACAUAUUUCAGUAUGCAUCCUUUAUGUCGGGACAUAUCCUGAAGCUUUUGAGAGUAGUGUUUGAAGUAUUUGGACAAAUAUGAUGCCUAUUCAAUGAGAAAGCCUGGCAACCCACCACUCAGACUGGAGCGGUAUCCUGGAAUGGUCUUUGGAAAGCCAGAAAUAUAAAUGAAACCUUUUUUUUUUUUCUGGCUUAUGAAGAAGCUAUGACAUAAUAUACAAUAAGCCUUUUGUGUCUUUGUGUUGCAGCUCGUUCUUGGGAUCCGUUAUCCUUAAAAAGCAUUCUUAAAAAGAACAAAUAUAAAGGAUAAUAGGGUAUCAUGUUAAUGGUACAUUUUCUUAACACUUUGUAUUAUUUUACUGUGUUUUACUAUUCAAUCAGACCAUCUCUGACAACUGUUACAAGAAGGGGAACUCUGUCUUUUCAUAAUAUUACAAAAACCUUUGUGUCCAAAUGACAAGCCUGUCAAUCAGCUGACCAGGGCCAAUGCAGAAAGGAAAACCCAAAGGUGCAAUGGUGUCAAAAAUAAUUCAGCACAGUGUGUGCGUGUGUGUGUGUGAAAAGUGUUCUUCUGUCCUGCCAUAAAGUUAUUUAUAAAGAAAAAAUAAAUAUAAUAUAUUAUUGCCCUAUUGCAUUUGCAAUUCCCUGUCUCAGUAAUGAUUUUCCAUCAGAAAAGGCUCUGUUGCUUAUUUGGUGGGAAAAGAACUGGGUAUGUACAGUAUAUAUACCUGUGUAAACAGUUAUUAUAGUUUAAGUGACAGUUCCCAUCCAUGCCUUUUUUCUUGUCCCGGUGUUGUUUAAAACCAAUAUAUCAAAGAAAGACUUGUAUGUUCAUAUUAACUAUGACUCAAAUGUAGCUCCCAGAAAUGAGAUGUUCCUCCUCCAAAUGUAUUUUGUCACAAGUGCCCAGAGUCAAACAAUCAUCGAGAUAUAGGCUAGUGAUGCUUCAGUAUAUGGGAAAAACCCAGAGGACUUAAAGUUGUUUCUUUGCACAUUUCAAACCUGAACUAUGUUAGUGUUCGUUCCUGAGAGACUAGGACAUGACCUGCCCCAUUGACUCUCCUCUGUCAUGACUACUUUGAUGUCCUCGACCAAAAACCAAGCAGGGUUGAAAGCCAGCUGCCUGUGGAGGAAUCGUUUGUCAAAAUGAUAUUCUGAUUACAAACGGAAUGCUGUGUCCGAACCAGCAUCGACAGGGACUACCUCCGAGUCCUGCAGCUGCAUUUUACUGUUAGUGAUGCAAUCGAAAGAAGAACACUGUAAUGACUGUAGGUUUUCCAAUGUCUUGCCUCAUACCAAUGUUUACACAUGAAUGUAACCUGAUCAGAACUGUUGCAACAUUUUAGCCAAAACAACUUUAAUAAAGAUUAAUAACUGCAUUUUGUGCGCAGCAGCUACUGUAUUUUGUCUUUGAUUAUGUUCGAGCAUUCAGAUUUUUUGUUUGGAUGUUUUGUAUGAAGUUUUUUUCUUUUUUCUUUGUAAUGAUGUUAAGUUAGAUGUUGACCUUGCAAUACCUGUGUAUUGUUUGUCUCAUUUCCAAUAAAAUGCAUGAUAUUCAUGAAA